CCCCAAAUUGUCUCGUCUUUCAAUCGAAGCUUCAUGUUCUUCUUCAGAAUUUCCUAAUUCUGAGAAGUUCAUGACACGGUUGAGAGGCAGCAUUGAAUUGGGGUUUCAUUUCCUGACACAAAAUGGCAAACAUAACGGCUUCCGGCGUGUUUGGGGCCAAUGUACCGGCGAUGAUUUGCAUAAACUAUGACAAGGAAAUGUAUAAUGUGAGAGGUAUCUGGCAUGGAGUAAACCCAUUGGAUUACAUUCAACCUGUCUUCAUGUUGCAGGUCAUUUUAGCCUUUGUUGUCCCCAGAAUCGUUUAUUUACUUCUCAGGCCUUUGAGACAACCAAGAUUCGUUUGCUAUCUUCUGGGUGGAAUAAUCUUAGGACCAUCAGUGUUGGGGCGACACAAGCCCUUGAUGGACAAAAUAUUUCCACACAAAGAGGCUGUCCUAUUGAAUUCAGUAUCAGCAAUUGGAGCAUUGUUCUUCAUAUUCAUCACAGGUGUAAAAAUGAACACUGCUAUGGUCCUCGAGACAGCGAGGAAUGCUUGGAGAGUUGGCGUGUCUUGCCUUUUAUUGUCUCUGUUGGUCACGAUUGUAUUCUGUACGAUCCUCCAACCCUUCAUCCAUAUAGCUCCUGCAACACCCUUGAUACUCAUAUUCACAAGUCUGCUAUGUGCAACGUUCUUUCCUGCUACUGCUUACGCCCUUCAAGAACUCAAUCUCCUGAAUUCCGAACUCGGCCAACUAGCCAUGUCUGCAUCAAUGACCAAUGAAAUGUUCUUAUGGUUGUGCAUGGUCAUGACUGUCAUUGUUAUGCAAUCCAGUUCCAGUGAAGUAUUUGCUGCUUGCCUAGCAACUAUUGGAUUUAUUGUUUUGGCAAUUGGGGUCGUUAGGCCAGCGGCAAAAUACAUUGUCAAGAGAACUCCAGAAGGGAAGCCAGUGAAAGAAGUUUAUGUAAUUUUAGUGACAAUCACUGCUUUGUUAAUGUCAUUGAUGAGUGAAUUAAUUGGGGGGACGUUUGUUCAGGGCGCUUUAAUUACAGGAUUACUUGUACCAGAGGGACCGCCUCUGGGUGCUACAAUAGUAGAAAAAUCUGAGCUUCUGAUCAUGGAAUUCUUUCUGCCAAUGUUCUAUGUCCAGGUCGGUUAUCAUCUCAACGUGACUUUGAUAACUGAUUGGAAGCAAUUUGCAUCUUGGCAAUUAAUAGUUGUAGCAGGAGUUCUAGGGAAGAUGGUAGGAGCUAUGGUGGCUUCACUGUUCUUCACUAUCAGCAUUAGGAAUGCCUUCUUGCUUGGUCUCAUCUUGAGCAUUAAGGGUGUUCCUCACAUUCUUGCUUUAGGAAAUGCAAGACAGAAUAAGGUGAUAGACUCCCAGUCACUAGACACGCUAGCGCUAUCAGAAAUGGUGCUGACAGCGAUUUUAACUCCCAUGGUAGAGAUGUUAUACAAUCGUCAGGCGAUACAAAGCCUGUCUUGUUCAUACAAAAAACGAACAAAAACGCUCCAGACAACUCGUCGCAAUGAAGAACUCCGAGUCCUCUCUUGCAUUCACAAUGAAGACAAUGUCCACAGCAUCAUCACUCUCCUUGAAACCUCCAAUCCCACUUACAUCAGCCCCAUCUGUGUCUAUGCCUUCCAUCUAGUUGACCUCAUUGGCCGAGCAGCACCGGUCCUCGUCCAGGAAAGCAAAACAAAAUUCAAGCGAAGCAUCUCCAAUCACAUUGCCAAAGCAUUCGCCAACUAUACGAAAUGCUCUCGAGGUCCAGUGGAGACACAUUCCUAUACAAUGAUUGCUCCAUACAAGACCAUGCACGAAAGCAUUUGUGGAUUUGCUGAAGAUAAGCUGAUUCCUCUCAUCAUCGUACCUUUCCACGAUAAUCAAGAAGUAAAGCAUGCAAAUGCAAUACGAAAUUUCAACAAGAAUGUGCUCUUGUAUGCACCGUGCACUGUUGCGAUUUUGGUUGAUAGGGGUUUCCAUCGGCCACUGCAGUUAGUACAGUUCUCCUGCAAUAUUGCAGUACUCUUUAUAGGUGGUGUUGAUGAUCGCGAGGCCUUAUCGUUAGCUGCAAGGAUGUCAACACACCCUAAUGUGAGCAUCACCGUACUAAGAAUCAUCACAACAGAAGACACCAAUCAAGAGGCGCCCUAUAGCGAAAGUGAGACAAUCCUGGACGAUAUUUUGAUGGAUGAAUUCAAGCAAAUGACUAGCAGCAAUGCAUGCGUCGUGUGCAAAGAAGUUGAAGCCAAGGACAGUGUAGAACUAAUGGAAGUGAUUCGAUCUGUUAAGAACAAGUAUGACCUAGUUAUGGUGGGAAGGCGACGAGGGUUCAAGUCCAAGUUUGAGCAAGAGAUGGUUGAGUGGGUUGAGCAUGUUGAGCUUGGAGUGAUUGGUGAUGCACUUACUUCGUCUGAUUUUUGUGGGGGGACUAUGUCAAUCCUAGUUAUGCAACAGUGUGGAGACGUUAAUGUAGGAGCAGGAGGAGCUACUCAGUUUGAGGUGCUUAAGGAUAAUUUGUCUUUUCAUCAGGGAUAAUGAACUUUCAAAGCAUGGUUUAGCCUAUCAAUUAAUCAAGGGCUGGUCAAA